AAACUCGUUGAUACCGAUGUGGUAGGUUUUUACCCGAAUAAUAGCCAACGCAAUUGAAAUAUUGAACGACACUGAGUUUGCAAGCUGAAAAUUACCGACGAAAGCUGCACCAAACUCGUCACUAGCACUCGCUCUACGAGCAUGGGGACGCAGGUGAGCGAUGCCGACUACGUGACCUGCUUGGAAGCCAGGGUCAAGGAAUUAGAAGCUGAGAAUGCAAAUCUUUUAUCUCGACUUGCUCAUUGUCACUGCUCUCAGGAAGAUCAAAUAUUACGCGGUCCAGAUUAUAAAGAUGCAAAAGUGACCGAACCGAAAAAAUCCAACGGGGAAUCACAAAGGAAGAUAAGGAAAAAGCCAGGCUAUAACACAGGGUUUCUGAGUCAUCAUAGCAAGAGAUAUGUAGCUUUAAAAGUAAUGUACUUUGGAAAAAGGUUCUAUGGUUUUUCUGCCGAGGCACAGAUGGAACCAUCCGUUGAGUCUGAAAUUUUUAAAGCUCUCAAGACAACAAGGCUAUUGGUUGGUGAUAAGAAGGAGUCGCAGUAUUCAAGAUGUGGUAGAACAGACAAAGGAGUUUCCUCUGUUGGACAAGUGAUAGCUCUUUUUCUAAGAUCAAAGCUCAAAGUAUCUGGAGUAAAUAAUGGAAGUUCUGAAGAAUUUGUUUUUGAAGAGAGACUUGGGGAGCUUGAUUAUGUGAGGGUAAUAAAUCGAGAGCUUCCAAAUGACAUUCGAGUUCUGGGCUGGUGUCCUGUUCCUGUUGAUUUCCAUGCAAGGUUCAGCUGUUUAAGCAGGGAGUAUAAAUAUUUUUUUUGGAACGAAAACUUGAAUAUCCUGGCUAUGAAGACUGCUGGAACAAAACUUUUAGGAGAACACGACUUUAGAAACUUCUGUAAAAUGGAUGCAGCAAAUGUGCACACCUACAUGCGGUGCAUCUCAAUGUUUGAGAUUUCUCCAACAGAUGUGAGUUAUGAUGGUAAUCAACUCUGGGUAAUUAAAUUCAGAGGCAGGGCUUUUCUAUGGCAUCAGGUUCGCUGCAUGGUUGCUGUUCUUUUCUUGGUUGGCCAAGGUUUUGAAUCUCCAGAUGUGAUUGACAUACUUCUGGACACUAACAGGAUUCCCAGGAAACCUCAAUACGUCAUGGCUUCAGAAGCUCCUUUGGUUCUUCAAUCCUGUGAAUUUGAAAAUCUCAAGUUUAUGUGUUCACCAGACUCAGGAAAGGCACUACGUGCACACCUGAUUAAUGAAUGCCAAACUUACCAGCUUGAAACUGCAAUCUUUCGCGAAGCUAUUCUAAAUUGCGUGCCUCAACUGCACAGUGCUGCAAAACACGAUCAAAGCUUUCCACCAAGUCCAGGAUCCAAGAAGAAAGGCUCCCAUAUACCUCUCUUGUCGCGACCAACUGAGCCAUCUUACGAAGAACGGCGCGCCAAACUCAGCUCAUGCACAUGAUGGUUUGUUUCACUGGUUAUCUCCAUUAUUUAGUCCUUUUAUGGAGGUUGUAUUAUUCAAGGGUAGCUUUUUAUUUUAAUAUUUUCUAGAGUUCAAUUUUGAUGGAGUCACUAUUUUAAAACAGACAAAAGCAAUUGCUCAAUACAGUACUCUGUUUGUCCAUGCCUCCAACAUGGGGUGUCCCUUUAAACUAACUCCUCCUAACCAAGCAAUCAGCAUGUGGAAAAAAGUAGAAUCACAUAAACAACUCAAACCUUUUUCUC